AUGCGUUUGUUAACCUCAAUUACCGUGAUGGCGCUAUUGUGCGGUUUGGCAGCAGCAGGAUAUGUUCACCAUGGUCAUAGCCAUGGCCAUGGUGGCUCUACUAAAGAGGUCGGUUAUAGUGUGGUUACAGCACAUGGAGCUGGCGGUCAUGGUGGUAAAUUUGGUGAAGGUGAUUCUUAUGAUAAGGGUCAUGGAGAUGCUGGACAUAUUGCUGUCGCUUAUGGUGGACACGGUGCUGAUGGUGGUCAUGACGGUCAUGGUGACGAUGAUUAUGGUCAUGGCCAUCAUGCUUAUCCUAAAUAUGAAUUUGAUUAUGGUGUUAAAGACUCCAAAACUGGUGACAUCAAAAGUCAGUCAGAAACCAGAGAUGGCGAUAAAGUUAAGGGCAGCUAUACCUUAAAAGAAGCCGAUGGCACAACUCGCUAUGUUGAGUAUUCCUCAGACAAAAAGAAAGGAUUCACUGCUGUAGUGCAUAAACUGGGAGAAGCCAAUACAGUUCAUGGUGGUCAUGGAGGCUAUGGUGGUCAUGGAGACCAUGGUGUGCAUGGCGGCCAUGGUGGUAAGGCCAGCAGUUACGUUGUAGUUAAGAAACAUGAAGAGAAGAAACACUAA